GACCACACAGCAACAGCAGCAGCAUGCCAUGCGCUGAGGGCUGAGGGACAGUGAGUGCUCUGCAGAGAUCCGCCCAGGACCUUGUUAGGAAAUGUUUCACCCGUCUGUCAGAAGUGUCUAAUGAUGCGUCCAGUGUAGACUCUCUAGAAAGAUCCUAGAGCAGAGUUGGUGCAUCGCGGUCACAGCUACACCUAUACACCGCCGCACAGACAGGGAGCCUUGCUGGUGCAGAGACUGGGGAGAAUCGGCAUGGCCCAAGCUAGGAUCCAAGCCAAGACCAGCGAGGGACAGAAUGGGGGCAAGUUCUGCCGCUCCAUGUCUAUGGCAGCGCGAUCCAGUUACCUCCUGGAGAGUUUAGAUGAGCUGGAGAGCAGAGUUCAAGCUCUGCGUGACUCUGCAUCUGCACUGGAGCUGGAGAAAGAAUCUCUUCUAGAGAUGAUCCACAGUGUUCAGAACAGUCAGGACAUGCGUAAGAUAAGUGAUGGGGAAAGAGAAGAACUGACUCUAACUGCAGAUCGGCUGAUGAGCCGCAUUGUGACUGUGGAGGUUACAGUGGAGACCAUUAGAAACCCCCAACAAGCUGUUUCACUACAACAAGCUAACUUGAUCAUUGAUGAGAUUCUGAAGAGAGUCAUGGACAACUUAGAAAGUGGAAAGAAACAGUUAAUGAAUUUGUAUGGAGCUUGUACCUCAGACGUUCCACCUGGACCCAUUGAUCAGAAAUUCCAGUCCAUUAUUAUUGGAUGCGCACUGGAGGAUCAAAAAAAAAUUAAGAGAAGAUUAGAAACCCUUAUUAGGAAUAUUGCCACUUCAGAGAAAUCCAUUACCCUGCUCGAGAGCCAGAAGCAGAAAUCAACUGUCCAUCACAACAAUCAAGUCUAACAGGUUCUCAUGAAGGCAGGAAAACUUAAUGCAGUUAAUAAUGCACAAUAAUGUAGAGUGUGACAUUUGACAGAUUCCUUUUCACAUUUUCCCAUGAAGUAGCUGUAUUUGUGCUCUAAUUAAAGCGUACUUUUAGUGUUUACCUACAGAA